AUGAGCCAGCCCAGGCCCCGCUACGUGGUGGACAGAGCUGCAUACUCUGUCACCCUCCUCGAUGAGGAAUUUGAGAAGAAGGAGCGGACGUACCCAGUGGGAGAGAAACUGCGCAAUGCCUGCAGAUGUUCCCCUGCCAAGUUCAAAUCCCUACUCUUUGGGUUGCUGCCUGUGCUCUCCUGGCUGCCCAAGUAUAAGAUCAAAGACUACAUCAUCCCUGACGUCCUCGGGGGACUCAGCGGAGGCUGCAUCCAAGUCCCACAAGGCAUGGCAUUCGCUCUGCUGGCUAAUCUUCCUCCAGUCAACGGCCUAUACUCUUCCUUUUUUCCCCUCCUGAUCUAUUUCUUCCUGGGAGGUAUACACCAGAUGGUGCCAGGUACCUUUGCUGUUAUCAGCAUCCUGGUGGGCAACGUGUGCCUACAAUUGGCCCCAGAGUCGAAAUUCCAGAUCUUCGAUAAUGCUACCAACGAGACUUAUGUGGACACAGCAGCCAUGGAGGCUGCUAGGCUGCAUGUGUCAGCGACACUCGCAUGCCUGACCGCUGUCAUCCAGAUGGGCCUGGGCUUCAUGCAGUUCGGCUUUGUGGCCAUUUACCUCUCCGAGUCCUUCAUCCGCGGCUUCAUGACAGCAGCUGGCCUGCAGAUUUUGAUCUCAGUGCUCAAAUAUGUCUUCGGACUGACCAUCCCCUCCUACUCAGGCCCAGGGUCCAUUGUCUUUACCUUCAUUGACAUUUGCAAAAAGCUCCCUGAUACCAAUAUUGCCUCACUGGUCUUUGCACUCGUCAGUGGAGUCGUGCUGGUGGUGGUGAAGGAACUCAAUGCUCGCUACAUGCACAAGAUCCACUUCCCCAUCCCCACAGAGAUGAUCGUGGUGGUGGUGGCCACAGCCAUCUCUGCCAGCUUUAAGAUGCCCCAGAAAUACCACAUGCCGAUUGUGGGAGAGAUCCGGCAAGGGUUCCCCUCUCCAGUAUCACCUGUGGUUUCCCAGUGGAAGGACAUGAUUGGCACAGCCUUCUCCCUAGCCAUUGUGAGCUACGUCAUCAACCUGGCAAUGGGCCGGACCCUGGCCAACAAGCACGGCUAUGACGUGGAUCCCAACCAGGAGAUGAUAGCCCUGGGAUGCAGCAACUUCUUCGGCUCUUUCUUUAAAAUCCACGUCAUCUGCUGUGCUCUGUCGGUCACCCUUGCUGUGGAUGCAGCAGGAGGGAAAUCCCAGAUCUCAAGCCUGUGCGUGUCUCUGGUUGUCAUGGUCACCAUGCUGGUUCUGGGCUCUUAUCUCUACUCCCUCCCCAAGUCUGUGCUAGGAGCUCUGAUCUCUGUCAACCUCAAGAACUCCCUCAAGCAGCUCACCGACCCCUACUACCUGUGGAAGAAGAACAAGCUGGACUGCUGCGUCUGGGUGGUGAGCUUCCUCUCCUCCUUCUUCCUGAGCCUGCCGUAUGGGGUGGCAGUGGGGGUUGCCUUCUCCGUCCUGGUGGUGGUCUUCCAGACCCAAUUUCGGAAUGGUCAUGCUCUGGGCCAGAUCAUGGACACGGACAUUUAUGUGAAUCCCAAGGCCUAUAGCAGGGUCCAGGAAAUCGAGGGGAUUAAGAUCGUCACCUACUGCUCCCCUCUCUACUUCGCCAACUCAGAGAUCUUCAGACAAAAGGUCAUCUCCAAGACAGGUACGGACCCCCAGAAGAUAUUACUGGCCAAGCAGAAAUACCUUCGAAAGCAGGAGAAGAGGAAGAGGGUGCCGACACAACAGAGGAAGUCACUCUUCAUGAAAACCAAGACGGUCUCCUUGCAGGAACUCCAACAGGACUUCGAGAACCCUUCCCCCACCGAUCCCAACAACAACCAGACACCUGCCGCCAAUGGCACCAGCAUCUCCUAUGUCAACUUCAGCCCAGCCGCCCCCAGUGCCCCCUCCCCUGGACCGUGUGAGGCCCAGGCCCCUGCUGAACUUCCUGGGGAGCUCAGUGACACACUGGCUGGGGUCCCCCCCUUCAUGACCUUCCACACCCUCAUCCUCGACCUCAGUGGGGUCAGCUUCGUGGACUUGAUGGGUAUCAAAGCCUUGGCCAAGCUGGGCUCCACCUAUGAGAAGAUCGGGGUGAAGGUCUUCCUGGUGAACAUCCACGCCCAGGUGUACAAUGACCUCAGUCACGGUGGUGUCUUUGAUGACGGGUGUCUGAAGCGCCACCACAUCUUCCCCAGCACACACGAUGCAGUCCUCUUCGCCCAAGCAGAUGCCAGAGAAACAGCCCCAGGACCCAGCUUCCAAGGGGUUCCUGGGGACACUGAACACUCCUUGUGCGACUCAGAGGAGGAGAGUCCGCGCUACUGGGACUUAGAGCAGGAGAUGUUUGGGAGCAUGUUUCACGCAGAGACCUUGACCGCCCUGUGAGGACCCAACCACACCCACACCACCUGCAGAGCACCUGACACCCGGGAUGGCCUUGAUAGACGUGCCAUGAUCAUGUGCCGCCGGUGACCGGGACAGAAGAGCGUGUCCGCUGGAACCUGACUCUGCCUGUUCCCCCUCCUCUUCCCUCCCCCUGCCUCCUUCCCUCCCUGCAGCUCUAGAGGGCGCUCUUGCAGCAGGAGUCUGCCCUUACAGGCAGGAGCUCACUAAGGCCCUGACUAACCUUGAACCGGGCCUCCCGCUCCCGCCACCCCACCAGCAUGCCCUUCCCGUGGCAGCUGUGAGACACUCUGGCUUCUGGACUUCAAGAGGCAGCCAAGAACAGAAAGACAAGCUCAGCCAUGCUGACCACUUGUAUAAGCUCCAUAAAGGGCGUUUGGCCUGUAAGAUUUGGUGUCAGGUGGUAUGUUAGGCCAUCAUGGGACCAAGCACAAUCUUGCUGACGACUCUGUGACUUGCCCUCCAGCUACCCCAACUCUGUCCCUGGUGACUGUGCACCCUAAGGACCAUCUGCUCCCUGAAACUCAGGCGGCUGUAUCUUGGCAAUGCUACCUGAUUCCUCCCCUACCCCUCUGAAGGCUGCUGAGUGCCACACUGCUUCUGAGCACAUCAUAUUCCAGCCCUGGAGGGGGGGGCCAAGGUCCUCCAGCCAUCAGAGCUACCUCCCCCCACCCCACCCAGGGCACUUCGGCCUCCUGGAACUGUACCCUCCCCACCCUCAGGGGCCUCUCUCUUCCAUUAAACUUGGGUAGGACCCCAAAGAGGGAAGAGUGGCUGGCAGGACCCCUUCCAGCAAGCUAACAACAAAUCCCAAGUGUUCUACACAGCAGCUUUAAGGGGCACUAGUGCCAACCCAGGGCACACUGGCGGGUCCAGGGCCCUGGCAGCCUCCUGACCUCAGCGCCCAAGAGCCAAGAGCCCAUUGUUUUAACCCUCCCUUGUAGGCCCUUGUGCUGGAACUGUGACUGGUAAGAGUGGGCAUCUCCCAGGACCCUCUGGCUCAUCCAGAUGGGACCUUCUUAGGACCCUGGCCUUCUUGUAGGAAAGAUCAAAAUGAGAGAUAAGUCCUUCAUGUCUGUAGGAAGGCAAUUAACCCCACUCUAUUGACUUGGCAAUUAAAUAUGUUCCAUGGACAAGUGUUUUAUAAAAUUUCCACGGAAAUACAUAGAAUAUUCAGCUUCUCCUUACUGUUUCUCCAAAGCCUCCUUCAGGUGGAUGACCCUUGGCCCAUCAGGUUGGGCUGGCCCUGCCUGGAAGCACAUCCCAGUUCCUAAGUUUGGCCCUCUGUCUGUGUGUUGAGUGAGCUGCUCAGCUAGCAAGUCUUCUGAGAGUUAAAGGACAGGGGUGGGCAGGGAGCCAGCACAUUUUUGGUCCAAGAGCUUUGCUCCUCUGUGAAUUCAUUAUGCCAUGUGGCUGCCAAUGGAACUCAAAACUUGGACAGCAGAGGACAAUGUUAUCUGGGAUUCCCCGUGCCCAGCACUCGAAGUGCCAAAUUCCAGGAGGACAAGAACCUUAGCCAAUGACAACUCACCCUCCCCUGCUCCACCUACUGCAACAUCCAGCUCUUGCCCAGGAGGCCGGGAAAGGUCACAGAGCCUCAGGACUGACCAGGGACUCCUUUGAUCCAAAUGUCUGUGUCCCCUGAGGACUUGAAGAGGCGGCCACUCACUCGCAGGCCAGCCCUGGAACCAAAAGGGAUUGCUGACUCACAGUGGCCUGGAGUUGAGAGACUCUAGUGAUUGCAAAUACAUGGAGCAGAAGGAAUACCAUGAAGAAAAUCCCACUGCUGGAACGUUCUGGAAACAACACAGAUGUCACACAGAUGACUCCUCUGGGCGUGACUGAGGCAGGAAGGGAGUUGGCAAAGUCAUGGAAUAAUCCAGAAUUUCAAUACUUUUGAAUGUUUUCGUAACGCUGACCUGUGAUGACGCAACUCCUGGGUAUGUCCGGGAAGCUCCUCUAUUGAGA